AUGUCGAUGAGUCCCAAGCAUACAACUCCAUUCUCAGUGUCUGAUAUCUUGAGUCCUCUGGAGGAAAGCUACAAGAAAGUGGGCAUGGAUGCUACUGGCUUGGGGGGUCCCCUGGCAGCCUAUAGACAAUCUCAAGUCUCCCAGCAAAGCAUGCAACAACAUGGCAUGGGCCAUAAUGGGCCAGUAAGUGCUGCAUACCACAUGACAGCUGCAGGGGUCCCACAGUUAUCCCACACAACCAUGGGGGGCUACUGCAAUGGGAAUUUGGGCAACCUGGGCAAUAUGAGCGAGCUUCCACCAUAUCAAGAGACAAUGAGGAACAGUUCAGCUACUGGAUGGUAUGGAACCAAUCCGGACCCAAGAUUUUCUACUAUUUCCCGUUUUAUGGGUCCCUCAAGUGGGAUGAAUAUGGGAGGUCUUGGAAACAUGGGAUCACUUGGAGACGUGGGUAAGAGCAUGGCCCCCCUCCAGAGCACCCCAAGGAGAAAGCGACGGGUCCUAUUUUCGCAAGCUCAGGUCUAUGAAUUGGAAAGACGUUUCAAGCAGCAAAAAUACCUUUCUGCUCCAGAAAGGGAACAUUUGGCCAGCAUGAUCCACCUUACCCCCACUCAGGUAAAGAUCUGGUUUCAAAACCACCGCUACAAGAUGAAGAGGCAAGCCAAGGACAAGGCAGCCCAGCAACAGAUGCAGCAGGACACUAGCUCCUGCCAACAGCAACAGUCUCCUAGAAGGGUGGCAGUACCAGUGCUGGUGAAGGAUGGAAAACCAUGCCAGGCUGGCUCAAACACCCCAACUGCUGCCCUCCAAAACCACCAGCAACAAGCAGCCACUGCUAUCACAGUAUCAAAUGGCCUGGGUCAGCACCAAAGUCACCAAACAAACAGUGCAGGUCAGUCCCCAGAUCUGGGCCACCAUUCAAACAGCCCAUCAGGUCUCCAGAGUCAGGUUACCAGCCUGUCCCACCUAAACUCUUCCAGUUCUGACUAUGGCACUGCCAUGUCCUGCUCCACCUUACUAUAUGGCAGGACCUGGUGA